UCAAAUUAAUAAAUCAGUGAAAUGUUUGAAAGUUUCACCUAAAUUACUCCUAAACUCUGUUAUAAAUUCUCUUCUUGACAGCAUCUUCCAACAACCCACACCACACAAACAUUCUUCAUUCUCCUCCGAAAACAACAACCAAAUGGGAGAAGCGGCGGAGCAAGCACGUGGCUUCCACAUGACCACCACUAGGAAGCAAGUCAUCACGGCGGCUCUUCCUCUCCAGGACCACUGGCUCCCUCUCUCGAACCUCGACCUCCUCCUUCCUCCUCUCGACGUUAACGUUUGCUUCUGCUACAAGAAACCACUUAACAUUACCAACACAGUGGCUCAUGAAACCCUCAAGACGGCUUUGGCAGAGACUCUCGUCUCCUACUACGCCUUUGCCGGUGAGGUCGUCACCAAUCCUACCGGAGAACCGGAGAUUCUCUGCAACAAUCGUGGCGUAGAUUUCGUGGAAGCCGGUGCUGACGUGGAGCUCCGAGAGCUUAACCUGUAUGAUCCUGAUGAAAGUAUUGCCAAGCUAGUCCCCAUCAAGAAACAUGGAGUCAUAGCGAUACAGGUGACUCAACUGAAAUGUGGGAGCAUAGUUGUUGGCUGCACAUUUGAUCAUCGUGUAGCGGACGCGUAUUCCAUGAACAUGUUCCUCUUAUCUUGGGCCGAGAUCGCACGAUCCGAUGGACCAAUCUCUUGUGUACCAUCUUUCCGAAGAUCUUUGCUAAACCCACGACGACCAUUGAUCGUGGAUUCAUCUAUAGACCAGAUUUUUAUGCCUGUCACGUCCUUGCCCCCUCCACAAGAAACCACCAAUCCAGAAAAUCUCCUUGCGAGCCGCAUCUAUUACAUCAAAGCGGAUGCAUUAGAAGAACUCCAAACUCUAGCCAGCAGCUCAAAGAACAGUAAAAGGACGAAACUCGAAUCGUUUAGCGCGUUUCUGUGGAAGCUCGUGGCAGAACACGCUGCAAAAGAUCCAGUCCCAAGCAAGACCUCGAAACUCGGGAUCGUCGUGGACGGAAGGAGGAGACUUAUGGAGCAAGAAAACAAGACUUACUUCGGAAACGUUCUCUCAAUCCCAUUUGGUGGGCAGAGAAUCGAUGACUUGAUCAGCAAACCACUGUCUUGGGUGACUGAAGAGGUUCACAGAUUCUUGGAGAGAUCAGUAACCAAAGAACAUUUCUUGAAUUUGAUCGAUUGGGUUGAGACUCGCCGUCCAACACCCGCGGUUUCAAGAAUCUACGGCGACGGAUCCGACAAUGGACCCGCGUUUGUGGUUUCUUCUGGGAGAAGUUUUCCGGUGACCCAAGUGGAUUUCGGGUGGGGCUCACCAGUUUUCGGAACUUACCAUUUCCCAUGGGGAGGCAGCGCCGGAUACGUUAUGCCAAUGCCGAGCGCAGUGGAAGAUGGAGAUUGGAUGGUUUACUUGCUCCUUACGAAAGGACAGUUGAAGUUCAUUGAGGAAGAGGCUUCUCAUGUGCUUAAACCUAUUGACAAUGAUUAUCUCAAGAUUUGAAAAAACCCUAAUUCUUACUUAAUGCGUAUAAUUCGUGUGUUUAAUUUCUCCGGUUAAUUGGUUUUUUUUUUUUUUUUUUUUCAU